ACCUCGAACGCAUCAUUUUUUUUUGCGUGAUUGCCGAAGAAUUCUGGAGACAGAGAGCGUGCCGGGCUGCUUAGAGAGAGGACAGAGAGAGAAAUUUUGUGAAAGAGAGAGGUAGAUUGAGAGGGGGGAGAGAGAGAGAGAGAGGAAGCAGAUAAAUGUAGCACACUCACUGAGUUUCUCACAGGCUCCUUUGAUUUUAUUCUCUCUCGCGCUCUAAACAGCUUUAUUCUUUUUCCCCGUUUCCAAAUAGAACAUGCGUGGAUGUGCAGUUAGUCAGUUGAUCAGUCUCUUGUCGAGAGCCAGAAAAUGAAGUUUGGAAAAUAUUUUACCUUUCCUGCUCUAAUCUUGUCGCUAUCGUUGCUAACAACUUGGGUGACGAACUCUGAGGCGGCGGCUUGUCAUGGGUGCAAAUCGAUAUCCAAUUGUGACUGCAGCAGUGUGAAAGGUGAAAAGGGUGCGAGAGGCCUGCCUGGACUAGAAGGUCAUAUAGGCUUGCCUGGUUUCCCAGGUCCUGAAGGGCCGCCUGGAGCAAGAGGGAUAAAGGGUGAGACUGGACCACCUGGGUUUCCAGGCCCAAAAGGAAUACGAGGCCCCCCUGGCAUUCCAGGCUUCCCCGGGACCCCUGGUGUUCCAGGUCUGCCAGGUCAUGAUGGCCCUAUAGGCCCACCAGGUAUACCAGGCUGCAACGGAACAAAGGGAGAGAUUGGCUACCCAGGAAGAUCUGGCCUCCCAGGCUCACAGGGGCCUCCGGGUCCUCCUGGGAUUCCAGGAAGCAAGGGUGACCCUGGCGAGGUGAUAAUACCACCAUUUUCAAAUCAAAAAGGAGACCCAGGACCACCUGGCCUGCCAGGAUUACCAGGACCCCAAGGUAUAGCGGGAGCACAAGGCCUACCAGGUUCAACAGGACCAGCAGGUCAACCGGGUCUCCCGGGUCCUCCUGGUCUCCCUGGACAGAAGGGGAACAUGGGUUUGAAUUUCCAAGGACCCAAAGGGGAAAAGGGUGACCCAGGGCUCCAGGGUCCUCCCGGCCCUCCAGGACAGUUGGAGCAGCUGAAUUCUCCUGGGGUGGAUUUCCAGAAAGGAGACAAGGGCGACAUUGGUCCACCUGGUGAACCUGGAGAGAGGGGCUUCCCUGGCCCUCCUGGUCCCCCUGGGUAUAGUGCCAAAGGUCAGAAGGGUGAGCCAGGAGAACCGGGAAAGAGGGGAAAACCUGGUAAAGAUGGAGAACCAGGCAAUCCAGGAUUUGAUGGUCUCCCAGGAAAUCCAGGCUUGCCCGGACCACCAGGCAGAGAUGGACAGAAGGGUCAGAAAGGUACCGCUGGUUUCCCUGGUCCACCGGGAGCUGUUAUUUCAAGACCAGGUGAUACCAUUGGACAGAAAGGUGACCCAGGUCCCGCUGGCUCCCUUGGUCUAACUGGAGAUCGAGGCCCUCCGGGACCUGCAGGUUUACCAGGUCCACCAGGUCCUCCAGGUCAGUCCAGCGUGGGACCACCAGGCACCCCUGGUUUUCCAGGUGAAAGGGGUCAGAAAGGUGAUCAAGGCCCACCUGGAUAUGCAAUUCCAGGGCCACCAGGACAACCUGGUCCGCCAGGCCCCCGUGGUCCUCCAGGACUCCCUGGUUAUUCCGAAGGCGCUCCAGAUUUAUCCGGAAUACGUUGCCAGCCAGGAUUGGAAGGCUUACCGGGCUUGCCAGGGCCACCAGGUUUUCCUGGAGAAACUGGACUAAAAGGGGAUAAGGGAGAUACUUGUAUUCAUUGCGUACAUACUGGUAAUGGUAUUCCUGGUUUACCAGGACCUCCUGGACCGCCCGGUCAUCCAGGUCCACCAGGACAGAAUGGAAAUAAAGGAGACAAAGGAUCAAAAGGUCUAAUUGGAGUAGCGGGACCACCUGGACCACCAGGCAUUCCAGGUAAUCCAGGAUCCCCUGGUCCUAAAGGUGAUAGAGGCGAUGGUUUUGGUUUUCCGGGUCCUAAAGGUGAUCCAGGAAAUCCUGGCUUCCCGGGGCCACCAGGAUUUCCAGGAUUAGGUGGCAAUCCAGGAAGAGAUGGAUCACCAGGUCCACCAGGUCCCAAGGGAGAAUCUGGUGGUUUGGCCUUCAAAGGAGAGAGAGGACCACCAGGCGACCCAGGUCCACUGGGAUUUCCAGGAGAAAGGGGACUGCCAGGACCACCAGGAUUUGGCUCACCUGGGUAUCCAGGCCCAAAAGGUUCACAAGGAGUUUCAGGACGUCCCGGAGCCCCUGGUAUUCCAGGUGCUAAAGGUGAACCGGGCGAAACCAUCUCUGACCCUGGUCCACCUGGUCCUCCAGGGGUUACAGGUGAACGUGGGCCAACAGGUCCUCCAGGUGACCCAGGUCUGCCCGGUCAACCUGGUUCACCAGGCCUCCAGGGACCAAAAGGUGACACGGGAGUGCCCGGUAUUGGAUUUCCUGGUCCACCUGGUCCAAAAGGAUUGUCAGGAAAUCCAGGCAUACCAGGUUCCCGGGGAAAUCCAGGAAGACCAGGCCUCGACGGGACACCAGGUCAACCGGGCCGCCCUGGGCCAAAGGGUGAUCCAGGCUUUGGACUUCCUGGACCUCCAGGUCCUCCUGGUCCAAGAGGCAGUGAUGGGAGACCGGGAUCAAAAGGUGAUGGGGGAUUCCCUGGGUUACCAGGGUUACCGGGUCAACCAGGAUUAGAUGGCACCAUUGGACCAAAAGGUGAUCCAGGCUUCUCCGGUCCCUCCGGGCCUCCCGGUCCACCAGGCCCACCUGGAAAUGGCUUUCAAGGCGCACCUGGUCCACAAGGCCCACCUGGACUGCCUGGACCACCAGGAUCACCAGGCCCGUUUGGUGAUAAGGGAGACCCUGGUCCUCCAGGUCUGGAUAUUCCUGGCCCUCCCGGAGACAAAGGAAAUCCAGGGUUACCAGGUAGUCCAGGUCUACCAGGUCCUCCGGGUCCUCCAGGUCGAUCAACAUUCGAUGGGCGCCCAGGUCCAUCAGGUCCAAAGGGUGAUAUGGGUUUGAUGGGAAAACCUGGCCCUUCAGGCCCUCCAGGUCCUGUUGGAAGCCCUGGCUUUCAAGGUCCAAAAGGAAAUGAAGGACUUCCAGGUGGUCCUGGAGGCCCAGGUAGCCCUGGAAGUAGAGGUCCUAAAGGUGAGCCUGGUUUUCCAGGACCUCCGGGACAAGUUGAACCAGGGCCAAAAGGAGAGAAGGGAUUCCCAGGAUCACCCGGACUUCCAGGUCCAAAGGGUUUUUCAGGUAUGCCUGGAGAUCCAGGAGCACCAGGACAAGCUGGUUUACCAGGCUUGCCAGGAGGUCCAGGCCCCAAAGGAGACCCUGGGUUCCCCGGGCAACCCGGAUCUCCAGGACGACCAGGACCAAAGGGAGCAAUGGGAGAAAUGGGCUUUCCAGGUCCACCAGGUCUCAAAGGCUCUCCAGGGAACUCGGGGCUUCCAGGUCAGCCUGGUGCCUCUGGGCGGCCUGGCUUUAAAGGUGAAAAGGGUGACCCCGGCAGAACAGUCAGUCCACCUCGAGGCAUUCCUGGACGGAAGGGAGACCCAGGACCUCCUGGUUUACCAGGAGGUGCUGGAAGCAAAGGAUCUCCAGGUACCCCCGGAUUUCCUGGAUUACCCGGUGCACCUGGUAUGAAAGGUGAUCCUGGUCAGCCAGGAUUCCCAGGUACUCCUGGAAUUUCUGGUCCGAAGGGAGCUGAUGGUUUACCAGGUCCUCCUGGCCUUAUUGGACUUCCUGGUCCUCCAGGUGAUGUGAGCACACCUGGGCCUCCAGGACCACCGGGAGAGAAAGGACAACCUGGCCGUGAUGGAAUUCCUGGCCCAGCUGGUGCAAAGGGAGAUCCAGGUCCUCCGGGCUUUGGAACUCCAGGUCCCCCUGGUCUUCCAGGAUUCCCAGGUGCAAAAGGUGAUCCAGGUAUUCCAGGUAUCCCAGGUGCUCCUGGAGCACCAGGUCUUAAAGGCGAUCCUGGUUUCCCAGGAAGUGCAGGUCAGCAAGGUCCACCAGGUACACCUGGACCACCAGGAAUUCCACUGGAAGGACCAAAAGGCCAGCCAGGACUUCCAGGCCAGCCGGGACGGCAAGGCCCACCAGGUCAACCUGGUAGUCCAGGUUUGAAAGGGGCAGGGAACAUCAAAGGGGAAAAGGGGGACCCUGGUCUUUCAGGGGCUCCAGGAUAUCCCGGACCUAAAGGAGAAAGUGGAUUACCAGGAAGACCAGGUAACCCAGGACCACCGGGCUUCAAUGGACCAAAAGGAGACCCAGGUUUUCCAGGUCCUCCAGGAUUCCCAGGGGCAAAAGGAUCUCCUGGACCUCCAGGUCUUAAGGGGUCUCCAGGUGAAACAGGACUGCCUGGUGAACCAGGUCCACGUGGUCCACCUGGACCAUUUCUAUCACUGCCACCUUUGAAAGGAGAACCGGGUUUACCAGGACAACCGGGCUCAUCUGGUCUUAAAGGAGCACCAGGCAUAGCUGGCUCACCAGGACCUCCAGGCCCUUUGGGACCCCCUGGAGACCCAGGGCAGGAUGGACUUCCUGGAUUUAACGGACCAAUUGGGCCAAAAGGAAGUCCAGGCCCUUCAGGUGAAUCAGGUGACAGAGGUUACCCUGGGCCUCCUGGCCCUGAUGGUCCUCCUGGGUCACCAGGCCUUCCAGGUGGUUUGGCAGCUCAUGGAUUCCUCAUUACCCGACACAGUCAGUCAACUGAGGUGCCACGUUGCCCUCCUGGAACGACUGUCAUCUACAACGGCUUCUCCCUGCUCUACGUACAAGGGAACGAGAGAGCACAUGGACAAGAUUUAGGAACGGCUGGGAGCUGUCUGCGGCGCUUCAGCACGAUGCCAUUUAUGUUCUGUAACGUCAAUAACGUGUGUAAUUUCGCCUCAAGGAAUGACUACUCCUACUGGCUCUCAACACCUCAGCCAAUGCCAAUGAGCAUGGCCCCAGUGAACGGAGAGAACAUUCGACCCUUCAUCAGCAGGUGCUCUGUGUGUGAGGCCCCAGCAAUGGUGAUAGCUAUCCACAGUCAGACCAUUCAGAUCCCAGUAUGUCCAAAUGGCUGGAUGUCACUGUGGAUUGGAUACUCCUUUAUGAUGCACACAAGUGCCGGUGCUGAAGGAUCUGGACAAGCUUUAGCAUCUCCUGGUUCCUGUCUGGAGGAGUUCCGAUCCGCACCAUUCAUUGAAUGCCAUGGCCGGGGAACUUGCAAUUAUUAUGCCAACUCAUACAGUUUCUGGCUGGCCACAGUUGAGCCAUCAGAGAUGUUCAGUAAGCCACAGUCUGAGACGCUGAAAGCAGGAGAGCUCCGAACGCGUGUGAGCCGUUGUCAAGUGUGUAUGAAGAGGACGUAAUGCAUUGGCUCCCGGCAGUGAGGCGUCAGCCAAGACCAAGUGAGAAGAAGAAAAACAGCUCAAUAAAUAAAAAAAAACUGUGGGGCGCUUUGUCUUCCAUUUACAAUGGUGCUAUUGUGGAAAGCAAAAACAAACAGAAAAACAAAAAAAAAGAAGACUGUUCACACAUAAUAAUUGUACGUACCUCAUGUAAAGAGCAUUCAGUGCAUUUCUGAAAAGAGUGAACGAGCAACUGAGCGUUGUGGAACAAGAAAUCGUGGUGCCUCCAAGUUCUUCUGUUUCAGGGUGAUCUCCAUAUGGCACUUUCUGUCAAGAUAUGAGUAAUGGACUGAAACAUAACAAUGAGAUUGCAUACAUCUUUUUAUUUUUGUUUGUUUGUUUUUGAAGUAUUUCCAUGGUGCUACUAACCAACUACUGCAUCCCAGGUUCUUAAAUAUUAAUGAUUAAUCAUCAGCAGGUUACUUCCUUGGUGUUUUUAUGUAAGUACUGAAAAUGUGUAUAUGAUGUAUCCAGGCUUUUCAUCACUUGAAGAAUCUCACCAUUACAUUUGCCAACCAAUAGUAUCAAUUUUGCUUCACAUAUCACUGGCUCAGUUAGCAUUUUUACCAAUUUUUUUGUUAAAAGUAGCAGAAUUGUGAAAAAAAAACAAUAUUUUAUACUAUUGGAAUCACUUUAUGGGAUUUCCCACAUUACUACCAAACUACUGAUUUUUGUUUUUUGGUUUUUACAGAUAAUUUGAAAAUAUUCCCUUCCCCAGCCCAGUUCAACCCUCAAAAUUUAUAAACCUUUUUGAUUAUUAAAAGAAUUUUCUGAUAUUGUAAAAAGUUGUAGUUAUUGUUUUGAUCAGGGGUUUUUAAUAUGCACAAAAUAUAAACCAUGCUUCAUAAUUCCAGCUUUCCGAAGGGGCCUCUAAUGUUAAAUAUACCUAUCUUUUUGUAUUGUCUGAAGGUAUGUAAAAUGAUUAGUUAUAAGAAAUACUUGUGAAGAGAGAUCAAACUGUUUAUAAACUAUUUUCUAUCAAUUCAGUUCCUCCAUCACUAUUCUAAUUUUCGUCUUUCCUUCUUUGCUGUUAUCACAGCAAACACAGAGGUUACCAAAAUUUCAUAUAUUUCACUUCCAAAAAGAUAUCUCUCUCCAAAAGUGUUCCUUCUUGUAUAUUAUCCAGGACAGCUGCAAACAACUUAACAUUAAAAAAGCAAAAAAAAAUUGAAAUAAAGGAACCACUGACUUAAAGAUA